CCAACUUUUUUGUUCAUUUGUUGGAAUAUCAUUCAGAAGAGGGAGGCAAGUGACAAUGUCACAUUCUCCAUUAAAUCUGCUCAUCAAAAUGAGCUUGCUGCUGAAUUGCAUGAAAUGGCAGAUUGUGUUUGUGAGUAUGCCAAAAAGUGCUUAACUGUGACUGUCCCAAAGCCUGUUUAG